UCAUCGUAAAGGGAGUGUUGCCGUUUUGACUGAUUUUCACUCUGCGUCUCUUUCACUAUUCUCUUUGAAAUCGACAAGCUUUCUGUAUAAAUGUCACCAGGUGUACAACGAGCUGAAUAUUUAUGUAUACCUCGCAGAGAUGUCAUUUGACAUAAGGAUAGAAAAACAUGAACAGAUAAAAAUAAUAUUUUAAAGUAAUGGAAGAGACCCUGCAGAUUAAAGUAGAAACAACUGAUUUUGGUCUAGAAGAUGGAGCCGAGUGCACUAAUAAUACAGAUCAAACAUUAGAAAACCUACAGCGAGAUGGUUCUGCUAGAAAUAAAUGCACCGAUAUCGAAAUACACCAUUUCGAUUCUACAAAUGUGAAUUAUUCCGACUUUAAGGCUAGUCGAGCCUACGAAGGUUUCAAUCACGAGGAACAAAUAAAUGAUCCUGAAAGCUACAAUGAAUCUGAUCAAGGUGAUAGAAAAUUGAUAGUCAACACUGCUCACAACAACGCAGGGAACAGCGAGUCUAGCAGUGCACAGGCAGUCCCACCCAUUCCACCGAUCGAUUCCCCACGGCCACACGAAUGUCAGCUUUGCGGGAAACGGUUUCUCCAGAAGUGGCACCUUACCGAACAUGUUCGGGCGCAUCGGGGCGAACGACCCUUCAGUUGUGAUAUUUGCGGUAAGACAUUCCCCAGAAGCAUCGAUCUGUUACAUCAUCGAUAUACCCACACGGGUGAGCGGCCGUACAAGUGCAACUUGUGCGUAAAGGAUUUUGCGCAUAAAACAGCCCUCCACGCACAUACGCUCAUCCAUACGGGUGACUAUCGACACAAGUGCGAUGUGUGUGGCAAAGGCUUCAAUGCUGGUACUCGUUUGAAGGAGCACAAGCACAUCCAUACCGGCGAGCGACCACACAAGUGCGAUAUCUGCGGAAAGGGGUUUGCCAAAAUCCACCAGGUGACGGCACAUAUACGCAUUCACACGGACGCGCGACCGUAUGAAUGUGAUGUUUGUGGGAGGAACUUCAACGAGAAUAAUGCGUUCGUUCAUCACAAACGCACCCACGAAGGCAUCUACCGGUUCGAAUGCGACGUCUGUCGCAAAGGAUUCAUAGCAAAAACUCGUCUAACGGAGCACAUGCGUAGUCACAGCGGCGAAAGGCCAUACCAGUGUAAGGUGUGCGGUAAAGAUUUUGCGAUGGCCGGCACGUUGAGCCGGCAUACCCGAUCGCAUGGAAUCGAGCGAGCUUUUGGUUGUAAAACCUGUAACCAGCGGUUCCUCACACAGCGUAAACUGGACGAGCACAGGUGUGAUCAGGUCGACGAUCAACCACACCGAUGUGAGAUAUGUGGAAAAGAGUUCGUUGUCCGAUACUAUUUCGACUUACACAUCCGAACGCACACCGGUCAGAAACCAUACAAGUGCGAUAUCUGCGGAAAAGGAUUUGUUAGGGAAAGGGCAUGCUCCAAACAUCGCGAGAAUCACGAGCUUUCCGGGGGAGGAUAAAAAUCUAAUUAUUUGACUACUUACGAUGAUGGUUUCUUGUAAAUGAAUUUUUUAACAUAUUUUAA